UUGGGCCGGGGUUCCACAGCCCGUGCGCCGCUCUGCGGGGCCCUCCCGAGAGGCCCGUCCCCGUCCCAGCUCGUGCCCCAACCCCAGUGUCACCUCCGCGCAGGUCCCCUCGCAGGCGCCUUGGGCUCCGUGGGGUUUCCCGCCCGUGCACCCAUGGCCCGCGGGGGCUCCCGGCAUCGCAAUCCCCACCUCCCCUUUCCGCCCUCGAUUCUGUGCCUGAGCCCCCGCCCCACCCUUGGGACCCGGGAGCGCCCUCCCGCCGCCCAGCGUCCCCGCCCGGGCCGGGGGCCGUAUUUUUAGCAGAGGGUGAGGUGUCCUCCUAUCUUUAGCCGUGGCCGUGAGUGCCCUGAAACGAAUCCGGGCUGGGCUGGGCCAUGCCCGGGCAGGGGGCGGGGAGGGGUCGGCUCCGGAACCCGAGGCCGCGCUGAGGAGCCCGACCCGCGGGAGAGGCGGGGGCCCGCACGCCCGGUCUCUGGCCCUGCGCCGAGCGGACACUCGGACAUCGCCCAGGCCGGAAAGCACGGGGGAGGCGCCUCCCAGGGCUUAGAGACUGGGGCAGGUUUCCCGAUCACCCCCUUUUCCCCCUGACUGUCUAAUUGUGAGACUAGGGCCCCUCGCCUCCAAGAGAAAAAGAUGCCGUAGGCCGUGCGCCUCUGGUACUCGAACGCGCAGCUCAUUGCGGGGCGCCUGCCUGGAGCCCGAGGCGCGCUGGGGACCUCAGCGCGCUCUCCGACUCCUCCCGGCACGGGGCGAUAAUAGCGGGAGCGCGCGCGCCACCUAGCGGCUGCGGGGCCCGGCGCCGCUCCGCACUGGGACCCCGGGAGACCCCGCGGCUGGGGAGGAGGACUCCCGGCCCGCGACGUCUGAGCGGGCGGGAGCCGGCGGACGCCGGAGGCCAGGAGCCGUUCAUUUUGGCCUUGUGUGAAGCUGCCCCCGGAGAACCGAAGUGCUUGAGGAAGGCCUUGCAGAUACUUGCUGAAUGAAUGAUUGAAUGACAGGGCUGACAAUGGGGAAGGUGAGAUCCAGAGAGGAGAGGUGUCUUGCCCGAGAUCACAGAGUGAGUCCCAGGUGGAGCUUGUUUCAAGCUCAGCCCUGGACUGGGGAGAAACUUUCAGAGCCAAGACCAAAGCGCAUUGCUGCCUACAAGAUCUCCACCUUUCUGCCUCUGAUUUUCACAAAAGAGUUUUCAACCCUUUGAGGAGAAAGUGAUUUUUGUUAUCGUAAUCCCCUGACUUAUUGAUCUUUAAUUUUUCUUUUUCCAAUUCCGUGGACCAACUUCGGUCAACACGCCACACGCUCUAGUCUUUGGCCUUUGGCAAGGUUUUGGGAUCUGAAAACCACGCUCUGCAGGGAGUGUUUCUGGCUGAGGGUGUUGAGAGCAGGCAGCGUGAGGCCGUGGCCUUGGCAGCCAGGCCUGGGUGGUGAGGUCACAAUGUCCACCAAGGUGCCCAUCUAUCUGAAGCGCAGCAGCCGCAAGGGCAAGAAGGAGAAGCUGCGGGACCUGCUGUCCUCGGAUAUGAUCAGCCCACCACUGGGGGACUUCCGCCACACCAUUCAUAUUGGAAGCGGUGGCGGCAGCGACAUGUUUGGUGACAUCUCCUUCCUGCAAGGAAAGUUCCACCUCCUGCCGGGGACGGCCGUGGAGGAGCCUGAGGAAGACGGCACCUUCGACCUCCCCUUCCAGUUCGCCCGCACCGCCACGGUGUGCGGGCGGGAGCUCCCCGAUGGGACGUCCCCUCUGCUCAAGAACGCCAUCUCCCUCCCAGUCAUCGGUGGGCCCCAGGCCCUCACCCUGCCCACAGCCCAGGCCCCACCCAAGCCCCCUCGCCUGCACCUGGAAACUCCUCAACCUUCCCCACAGCCUUCCCCGCAGGAGGCAGGCAGUGUGGACAUCUGGAGGAUUCCAGAGGCUGGCUCACCCCACAAUGGAAUGAUGCCAGAAUCAGGGGCUGAGGAGCCCUUCUUGUCCCAUGCCAGCUCCCUUCUGUCCCUGCACGUGGACCUGGGGCCUUCCAUCCUGGAUGACGUUCUUCAGAUCAUGGAUCAAGACGUGGACCGUGUGCGGCUCCCCACAUAGGAUCUGUGGCUGGCGGGGCUGGGCGCCCAGGCUGGGGUGAUGCCAGAAGGCAGGGUGUGGGCACGGCCCUGCCCUAGGAGUCAGGAUCCCAGGGUCCCACCUGUGUGGUCUUAGGCCAGUGAUUCUCAUUCUGAGCCUUUGUUUCCCUCCCGUCCUCUCCCUAUGGGCAGAGUGUGCCUUAUUGCUUCCCCUAACAACCCACCGAGGACACAUGCCCUGAGCAUCUUGGGCCACCUAGACCCCACCACCAACUGUUCCUCCUUCCCUCAGGACCCAUAGAUGAAGGCUCUACUGAAACGGACUCCCCUUCUCACCUCCCUCCCGCCCCAGAUGCCCUGAUUAGGGGGUCGGGGAAGGGGCAGGGCAGCCAGCCAUAGGGCUUGGGUGCUGGAAAGGCUGUUCCAGACCUUGGCUUUGUGUUCUGUACUGGGAGUGUGGUGUCAGUGACCUCGCUCCCUGCCCCAUAGCCUCCUCACACAACUGGGGGAUUCUGGUUUCAAUAAAACAUGCUGCUGCUGGUG